GAGUUGACAUUGACAGGUAACCUAUGUUUACAUUUUUUUGCAAAAUAUAUUGAUUUUUUUUUCAAUUUCUUAUCUUUCUAGUUUAGAUAUGUUAUCAUAAUGUUUAGUUACAUUGAAAAUAGUGAAAGAACCUGACGAUAGGUGUGAUAAGAAGUUUUAGAUGGAAAUCUGAAGAAUUGUUUUUAUUUUGUUUGAUCGGAAACAGUGAUUUGGGGAGAGAAUGGGCAACACUAGCAAGAAGUUAGCAGCAAAAUGUACAUUACUCACGAAAGACGAACAAAAGUAUGUGGCACAGACAUUCCGGGCGGCGAGCAAGAACUCAGAGAAGAUACGGGAGGAUGAUCUCAUCGUGAGUGGCAAAGUAGAUGCAGUGUUGCUAGAAAAAUUCUGGGGUCCCCAGAUAGACCCCCGGCUGGCGCAGUACCUGUCCAACUUUCUCUUCGGAUCUGGUCAGCAGAAGUCGCCUACCGUGGACUUCAAUCGCUUCGCUGAACUAUACGUUUAUAAUGUUAGGGGUACGGUGGACGAACGACUGAUGGUAACGUACAACUGCCUCGGAAAAGACUAUAACGAGUCUGUGGAGCUGCCUUACCAGCUGAUCAAGGAGUACUGCGAAAGCAUAGCCUCGACAUACAUCAAGAUCCUCAAGUCGUCGAACUCCAGGCGCGCCAAGACAUGGAUCGAAAAGGGCUUCCGCGGCAAGGCGUCUCACGUCCAGGCUUUGGGGGAAGCUAUUGCGGCCACGGUUGGGGGGGAUUUGGACUCCCCACACCACCAUUGUACUGCUGAUCAGCUGUCUAAAUGGUUACAACUGAACACUCUGCUAAAACAGCUAGCAGAAUUAGUGUUCGUGAAUCUGUACGGCAUCAACAAGAAGUCUGGCGACGAGAGUCCCACGCCCAUGCCGCCUAUGUCGCCGUCGCUGCUGCCUAUGACUGAAGGUCUGGAGGCGAUGCCCGACUACCCAGCGUUCAUCGACCUGUCGCACGUGGUGUGGCUGACCAGCCACCUGCCGCAGAAGCACCAGCACAAGUGGCGGUUCCUCUUCUCCACCAACAUCCACGGGGAGUCCUUCUCCACCAUGACCGGGCGCAUCAUCGACCAGGGCGCCUCGAUCAUCAUAAUCGAGGACUCGUCGGGUUACAUCUUCGGCGGCUACGCCCCGCAGCCCUGGGCCUUCGCGCCCGCCUUCACCGGCACCGACGACGCCUUCCUGUUCACCCUCACCCCAAAGAUGAGAGUCUACCCCGCCACUAAUUACAACGACCACUAUCAAUAUCUCAACCAUCACACCAAGACUCUGCCUAAUGGAUUGUUGAUGGGCGGGCAAUUCGGGUUCGGCGGCAUCUGGGUGCCCGCGGAGCCCUUCGGGUCGGGCUCGAGCGCGGAGUCGUGCAGCACCUUCCGGGGCUACCGGCGCCUCAGCAAGGAGUCCGGCUUCCGCAUCCGCAGUCUGGAGGUGUGGGGCGUCGGCGAUAAACCACUGUUGGAAAAGGACGAGGACGAGAGAGACACGUCAAUUCUGGACGUGAACCCUGAAGCCAAGGCCAUCCUCGACAUGGCGGGCCGCACGCGCCACAGCGAGGGGCUGCGGGAUGAGAAACCUAAUGACCAAAAAUAAUGACCGUAGACUGACAUUACUUGACCAUAGAUUAGCGUAGAGGCGGGUGGUUUAUGGUACUGUGGUAGGUUCCAUGGAGUUUUUCAUAUUUUUUCACAGUUCUAUUAGUAGAGCAUGACAAGCAACUCUUAUGAUGACCAUAGACUCGAAAAAUAGAGUUGAAUGGUCUAUGCGAGGGAGUACUUUUGUUUUAUCCAUAGACUUACCCUCUUAUUCAUAAAGUUAAUACUUAGUUAAAAUAUGCUUAAUAAUUAUCCUGUAUAAUGUAAAGUGAGAUAUGAACAAUAUGUAUUUGAAUAAAAUUUUGUAUUAUAUAGACCAGACAGCUUUAUACUAAUCACAAUCCUAUUGUCUAUGCCAAGUUACAUUAAAAGUUAUUGUAAAAAAUUUAAAACUAUUAUUAAAAUGUAGAAUUUUGUUUAGUGUAGUAGCAAUAAAAGCUACUGCUUGUGCGGUGCCUUGUGUUAUCUAUAUGUAUUUUAAUAUGCUAUCAUAAUGGGCUAAGUGGUCUAAUGCCCCUUUGGCAAACUGUCCCUAUCGCAAUAUGCCCCUUUCGCAAAUAGUAACUAUGGAUAAGUUGACAUAUAAAAGACAGUUACAGUGACAUUUUACUAUCAGGAGACGUUUUGAGAAAAGGACAUUUUCCGAAUGAGACGACUUUUCACAUAAGAGACAUUUUGACAAAAGGAGAUUUUCCCAAUGAGACGAGUUUUCACAUAAAGAGACAUUUUGAAAAAAGGACAUUUUUCCAAUGAGACGAAUUUUCACAUAGGAGACAUUUUGAGAAUCGUCACUUAAUGCGAUAAAUUACAGAUAAACUUCAGGUUCCUAAAUUGAAUUGCGUUGCAUUUGAAUCGUUCCGUAAUAGUUGAUAGUACGUCUGCAGGACAUUUUGCGAAAGAGUCAAUUUUCAAACAGGACAUUUUGCAACGUAGCCUCGAAACGGAACUUCCGCCAAAAUGACAACUAAGUUUAUAGACGUUGAGGUCUAAAAUAUGUACUUAUCUGUAACACGCACACAUUUAAUACAAUUUCUGAAAAUUAAUAUAUGUAAAGAUUCCUUUAUCAAUAUGUAUAAGUGAUAGUUCAUUUGAAAAAUAUAUCCAUUUUAUAUAUAUUUAAUAUCUUAUUCAGAAAGUUUUAAGUAAAAUGUUUUGUCCCCAUCACAAUAUUUGACAUUGACAGAAGGAGACAAAACAUACUUGAGCUUAAGAUCCGCUGAGCUUAGGAAGAACUAGCCGCCACUAGCCACACUAGCGCCGUCAUCACAUUUUUAUCAAU